AUGCAUAAUACGUCGCGGCAUUAUAACAGUGACGAGGAUUCGAAACAUAGCAGCAAUGUUACUCAUCGCGAGAUAGUCACGAUACUUACUGAAGAAGAUUCCGAAAGGCAAUCAAAUGUGUAUCCAUCAUCACCGAUGGUUCUAGAGAGAGAAUCGCAAAUUUUAGAAAUCAAAUCGGUGAACAAUGGUUCCAAUACAUCCAUUGAAUUAAACGUACCGUUUUAUCAGGAUCUUAGCACAAGUAUAGAAGGCGACCUUUCUACACUCGCCAGAAAUGAGGUAACUGAUGUGAAUACCAUCAACCGACGAAAGAGAUUACUGGAUGAAAUUUUAGAUGAAUCAUCAUCGUAUUCCGGCAAACUUAAUGAAGAACUUUACGACCAUACAUCAAGCUGCGCAAAAAAUACACCACCUGGAGGGGGGUUUUUAAGGCGAACAAAAGUGGACUCUACUCCAGCUAAAUUUGGUACAACUUUAGUUAUAGAACAUGAGGGGGAUGAUGUACAUGGAUGCCCUACCAGAGAGAAUAGAUGCCAGGAUAGUUGUUCAUCUGUCAAUUUUCAAGAUUUAAUUGAGGCUUUCCCUUUGUCACCUAUUUGCAAUUCGGCACCCGAUUAUGAGAAGUGCCUACCGAUCGACAGUAGACCACUGACGGUGCAGGAAGCAUGUACUACGCCAUCUAAUCUUGAGACGACAAAUGAUUUAUUUUCAAAGCCUUCUCAAGAAUAUGAAUUACAAGCAAACAAACCUGAAAUAAUUGAACUAAGUGCUCGUGAAUUUCUGACCGAAAGGAUUGAUAAAGUAGUAUCUACUCCGUCCAAACACGAAUAUCACACCUUUGGCCCUCAAAACUCUUCAACUUCUAACACAUCCAAUACCAUCAAAGAACCCACAACGUCAGAAAGGGAAAUUCGCAGGUUGCAGCAUUAUAUUGUCCAGGGGAACUGUCUGAGCAGGACGCAAUCGGAGGCUUUGGUACGAGAUUGGUUGCAAAGGAAUAAAAGUUUAUUCAAGCAAGUGAAUCAAAUACAUAGAGAUAACGUAAAGGCUAGAGAAUCAAUUGUUGUAGAGAUUCCAGGCUACUUGUUGGAGCAGUUUGAGAAGGGUGAAGAUAACAUUAAAGAAUUACUCUUACCCGCCACGCUGGAAGCAGUUUCAAAUCAAGAAUUGCCACUACUGAGGUUCUUGAGGGAGUGCAAUAGCACAUACGAUUUCAAUAAUGAUGUAUAUUAUCCCAGUGAAAGCGUAACGCUUGAAGAGACCAUAGUAAUGCUUUACUACGAUGCUCAGAUAUUUUUCGAAAGAUACAGAUCAGAUAAAACAAAGUUGUAUAAUGAUCUGAAGUCCUUAUCAAGCGGAGAAAAAUAUUUAAUUGUGAUCCUCAGCGGGCUCAACAGGUUCAAAAGAUCUUUGCAAGCUCAAGAGAAUAAAAGAUACAAGAAUAGGGUGCAAGUGCAAUUAGGAGGCUCUCAGAAGGGUGUUCAAUCAGUGCAGAUUAAGAAACGAAGAACCUUUGAAGACUUGAACAUGACAUAUUUUGAUGUCGCUCAAAGAAUUCAACAUAUCGACAGAAUGUGGGGAGUAAAAAUUCACACAGUAUCUUCGGAUGCAGAUUUCAUAAAAACGUUGCCUAAUCUAGUAUCAAUCAUUGGGAAACAGCGAACUGAUCCAAACAUACGAUUCAUGAGAUACUGCCACAUAAAUGUCAAAUCUUGUAAGGACGAAAAGGAAGUACUAAUGAAGAGUUUACGAGAGAUAAACCGAAUGCCCGAAUUGAAGGCUUCUAGCGUUGUUGCAGCGUAUUCUUCGUUCCAGUCACUUUUGAAAGAUUUCGAAAGGAGAGAAAUCAAAUCGGGACUUGAUGGGAAACACUUGAUGACAGAAGCAAUGGAAGAGAGGCUUUUUAAGCUUUUAACUUGUAGAGACCCGAAUGAGACUAUUCAAUAA